AUUUUUUUCCCCAACUUCCAGCUCUAUCUCUCUACCUCUGUCUUCUCUCUCUCUACAAACACCUCCAAAUCUAGAUCUCCCCCCCCUCCCUCCUCCGAUCUCUCCAUCGCCAAUCGACCUCCAAAACCACCCCCUCCGCUCCGAGUCCUCGUCACCAUGCCUCCAUCUCCAGUGAAUAGCCUUUGCCGUCGCCUCUUCCUUCUCCUCCAUACACGCCGCCAGCUCCUACCCCAGGCGAGUCCAGCUGCUACUUCGAUGGCCAACCCCCUCCCUUUGCGUCCUCCACCGGUGAACAACGCCGCCAUCGACGGAGUCGACCAGCCAAGCCUCUACGCCGCCGCUCCAUCCUCCGUCCUCCAUUCGCCUUUUUUCUCCCCUCCGGCGAACGUCCAACAGCCACGACACAACUUCGGCUCCUCUCCCACAGCGAUACCUCCGGCAAACCCCUUCGGCGUUCCAAGAAUGCAACCCUUCCUCAUCGAAAAUGAAGAAUCCAUCUUCAGAAUGGUUAAUUUCUUGAAGGUGAUUCUAGCUAGAGGGCUAAAUUAUUUCUUUUUUUGUGUUGGAGGGGAUGAGAAGCAGCCAAAGCUUCGUUUGAUUGCUGAUGAGAACAAUGGGGGUUUUCCAAAUGCAAAGAAUAACGGAAUGACCGAUACACAUUGUGAAAGCAAGCGUGAAAUGAAAGCUCCAAGUUUGGUUGCUAGGCUCAUGGGUUUGGAAUCGAUGCCAGCAAGAUCAGGCAUUAAGCCCUAAAAGGCUUCAGCUUCUGAAACUUGGAGCAAUGUGGCAGACAAACUUGGUGCUCGACCUGGCGGAUCUGAUAAAGAAGAUAUGGAUUUUGAGAUGGCCGAAAUAAAGAGUUAAGAACCAGGUUUGCAAAGGUUUAGAGCUAAAUGUGCUCUCACUUAUCCUACUAGAUAUUUUUCUCCUUUGGAAGAUGAAGCAGAUUUAGUUGGGAAUUCACUUGAUCACCAUUCAACUGACAGCUACCUCUCCAGCAGUCCCAAUAGUAGCUCAAAGGACAAAGUGCUUGCUGAAUCUGUGAACUCUGUUGAUGAUGAACCACUCUUUCCAGAACCUGAUAGAGACCUUUCGGAUUGUGAGACCUCAUUAAACAGCAGGAGGUGUUGCAGAGAACUAAUUCAUAACGUUUCUGGAGUGCUCAGCAUGAUUGAUCAGUUAAAAGGAAGCAAACUCAGCUACGCAAAAAAGGUCAUUUUUAAUGAGGAACUCAUAUUUGGAACUACACCUCAACAGCAGGCUCUACCUGUAGAGGAUGGGUUCUCUGUGAGCCAUUUUCUCCUCAAUGAACAUGAAAUGUUUUCGAGUUUUCUGUGGAUGGCUUACGGUGAGUUGCUUGGCUGUAAUGACCCAAAACAGAUGAAUCACCUUAAAGGAUUCGCCUUUGAUUGUCUAUU